AUGUCAUGCAUGAUUCCUCUGCUUACUUUAAUAGGUUUAAUACUUGCCCUAGGGGAAAGCGCUGCGGCCACGUUCGCUGGCCACCUUCUCUUGGCUCAAGGGGACGAUGCCCCCUUAGAGGCCUGGUUCGGAGCUGUGGCAGGAGGCGGCGCGAAGUUCCAGCAGGGCGCUCUCGGCUUCACCGCCGCAAUUGGACGCCCAAUUGAGUGCCCAAGCCUGUCAAGAUCUGGGCGGAGCGUGCGGCGCCGAGAUUUUGCGUCACCAUUUGACGCCAUCAGCCCCGCACCUGCCAACAUGGAAGGUGGCGACAGUGGCGUCGCUCUGGCUGGCCUUGGGGCUCUGGGUCCGGGAGCGGCUGCAGCGACCGUCCGGGAGCUUCUGCAGGACGAGUGUUAUAGUGACUUCUUAAAUGAAGAUUUUGAUGUAAAGGCUUAUACUUCCCAAUCUAUUCAUCAAGCUGUAAUUGCCGAACAACUUGCCAAACUUGCCCAAGGAAUCAGUCAGUUGGAUAAAGAAUUACACUUACAGGUUGUUGCAAGACAUGAAGAUUUACUGGCACAAGCAACUGGAAUUGAGUCUUUGGAAGGUGUUCUUCAGAUGAUGCAGACAAGAAUUGGGGCCUUACAAGGAGCUGUUGAUAGGAUGAAAGCAAAAAUUGUUGAACCGUACAACAAAAUAGUAGCCCGCACUGCACAACUAGCAAGACUUCAGGUUGCCUGUGAUUUGCUUCGGAGAAUAAUCCGCAUCUUGUAUCUCAGUAAAAGACUUCAAGGACAGCUGCAAGGGGGAAGCAGAGAGAUAACGAAAGCUGCUCAGAGUCUCAAUGAACUUGAUUACCUUUCUCAAGGAAUAGAUCUUUCUGGAAUAGAAGUAAUAGAAAACGAUCUACUUUUUAUUGGAAGAGCUCGACUUGAGGUGGAAAAUCAAGCUAAGCGUCUGUUGGAGCAGGGUUUGGAGACUCAGAAUCCAACCCAAGUCGGAACAGCUCUUCAAGUUUUCCAUAAUCUUGGGACAUUGAAGGAUACUAUUGCCAGUGUCGUGGAAGGAUAUUGUGCUUCUGUAGAAGAAAAUAUUAACAGUGCAUUAGACAUCAAAGUUUUGACUCAGCCUUCCCAGUCAGCUGUGAGAGGAGGUCCUGGACGAUCUACUAUGCCAACCCCAGGGCAUACUGCAGUUUUCCGUGCUUCCCUCUGGACCAACCUGGAGAAGCUUAUGGAUCAUAUCUGUACUGUCUGUGGACAGGUACAACAUCUGCAAAAAGUAUUAGCCAAGAAGAGAGACCCUGUUUCUCAUAUUUGUUUCAUUGAAGAAAUAGUUAAGGAUGGACAGGCUGAAAUAUUAUACACUUUUUGGAACUCAGUUUCUCAGUCACUUUCUUCUCAGUUUCAUAUGGCAACAAAUUCUUCUAUGUUUUUGAAACAAGCAUUUGAAGGUGAAUACCCUAAAUUAUUACGUCUUUAUAAUGAUCUAUGGAAGCGUCUUCAACAAUACAGUAAAAAUAUUCAAGGGAAUUUUAAUGCCAGUGGAACUACAGACCUCUAUGCUGACCUACAGCACUUGGAAGAUGAGACCCAAGACAUAUUCUUACGAAAAAAGCUGGAUUAUGAUCCAGAGAAGGCAUUGAAAGAUUCACUGCAACCGUAUGAAGCGGCUUAUCUAUCCAAAUCCUUAUCACGACUCUUUGAUCCUAUCAACUUGGUGUUUCCUCCGGGGGGUCGCAAUCCUCCUUCCUCGGAUGAGCUUGACAGUAUCAUUAAGACAAUAGCAAGUGAACUGAAUAUAGCUGCUGUUGAUCUAAACCUCACUUUAGCUGUGUCAAAAAACGUGGCAAAGACUGUCCAGUUAUACGGUGUCAAGUCUGAGCAGCUUCUUUCCACACAAGGAGAUGCAAGUCAGGUGAUUGGCCCUCUUACGGAAGGGCAAAGAAGAAAUGUGGCAGUAGUGAAUUCACUGUACAAGUUACAGCAGGCAGUAACAAAGGUGGUUUCCAGUCAGAGCUCAUUCCCACCAGCAGCUGAGCAAACUAUAAUGUCAGCCCUAAAGACAAUCCACGCUCUUAUGGGAAAUGCUGUGCAGCCCUUACUGACUUCAGUGGGAGAUGCCAUAGAAGCCAUAAUCAUCACCAUGCAUCAAGAAGAUUUUUCUGGCUCCUUGUCCAGCUCAGAAACAAUGGAUGUACCUUGUUCUUUGUAUAUGAAGGAGCUACAAGGUUUCAUUGCCAGAGUUAUGAGUGACUACUUUAAACACUUUGAAUGCUCGGAUUUUGUCUUUGACAAUACUGAAGCUAUUGCCCAUAGAGCAAUUGAACUUCUUGUCCGCAAUGCCAGUCUCAUAAGACCUCUUGGUCAAAAUGGAAAAAUGCGACUUGCUGCUGAUUUUGCACAGAUGGAGUUUGCUGUGGGUCCAUUCUGCAGACGAGUGUCUGAUUUAGGAAAAUCCUAUCGAAUGCUGAGAUCAUUCAGACCACUACUCUUCCAGGCAAAUGAAUGUGUGGCCAACAGCCCUGCCCUGGGUGACAUUAUUCCAUUCAGCGUUAUUAUUCAGUUUUUGUUCACGAGAGCGCCAGCUGAGCUGAAAUCCCCUUUCCAGAGAGCAGAGUGGUCCCAUGCUCGCUUCUCCCAGUGGCUGGAUGACCAUCCAUCUGAAAAGGACAGGCUCCUCCUCAUCAGGGGAGCCCUGGAAGCUUAUGUACAAUCAGUAAGAAGUAGAGAAGGCAAAGAAUUUGCACCUGUGUACCCCAUAAUGGUUAAUCUGCUUCAAAAAGCAAUGUCUACUCUUCAGUAA